GUCUUCAGUAACAUUUCCCUGAAUGUCUCAACAAAACUAUAUGACGGACACGCAGUCUGUAUUGCUGUCCAUGCUGGCGAGAAUGAAGAUCAACUCAGCGGAAGCCACACAGAGCCAGCAACCACAAAAACAGCAGUGCACUUUUCCCACAGGCGGAAACUUGGGUAAAUACGGCCCAGUUCUGACAGCAUGUGCCACUAACACAGGUGAGCAAAGUCCAGUUACCUCUGGCGAUGUAACCAAAUCAGUGGAACAUACCAAACAGUGGGCUCAUGGGGGGAGAAGUAACAGAGAUUUAAGUCUGAAAUUUGAAGUUCCGUCACUGGAUUGUUCUAGAAAGUCUGCCUUCACUAAUCAGGAUGAGAACUCUGCCGUUAUUAUUCCCAAAUGGAAACGGAUACAGAUGUUCCCCUGUUCUGAAGCUCCGGAUCACAUUCCUCCCAUGAGGGAUGCUGAAAAUGAAAUGACUCCGACAGCUAUAUGUACCCCGGCUAUAAGAGAGCGGGAGUCUCUCUGCAUGGAAAUUGCAGGCUCACAGGAAGUCACAAAUCAAACAUAUCCUCCACAAUGGGACAUUAACCAACAAAAGAAACACGGUGAUCAAAGUUCUGGAGUAUUGAGAGACACUGUCAGGGUUGGGGGGCCUUCACCUUUGGCAGCUUCCUACCCGGGGGGUGCUGGAACUCUUAAUUUUGCAGAGUUGAAAGGCACAGGUGGGAAAGGUCAUCUCAUUCCCACACAAAAUGUGAUAAGACAGAAACAGCAAUCUAUGGAUGUCACAGUACACAAUACUAGUACUGGCUCUACUAGUUUGAAUCCAGAGAAGUACUCAGAAAACUAUUUGGCUUCUGAUCCUGACUUAUGGAAUAAAAUCAAAUGGGACAGGUCAGUUCGGAACGCAAGAGAUGACAAUUUCACAAGUGCCCCAGAAUUUUGGAAGCUGGACACCGUUCCAACACACGACUCUGGAACGGGGAAGAAAAAGAGGAAAUGGAUCAAUGGGAAAACACUGCGAUGGGCCCAGAAAAUAAGGCAGAGCUGGAAGGAAAGACAAGUCACCGUGAAGGAAGGAGAACAGGGAGCGAGCUGCCAGUUGAGGGAAGGAAAAACAGACGAUCAGGUGGCACAGAAUGUAAAACAUCCAGUUCAAGGAUCAAGCAGAGCUGACAUUUUCAAUGACAUUCACGUGGGAAGGGAGGAGACUAUCUGUCAGAAAGAUCUUAGCGGACAGGUCAACAUGUCCAUUCCCAAUCAGGAGCCGGCAGCUUUUGGGAGGGGGUUAAAUGACUUUCAGUUCAACUUUAGCCCCAUAAACUUCGCGGAUGAAAUCUUCGCGAGUGAGCACUGGUCCAAAUUCUCGUCCCAUGAAGAAAGACUGAGUUCCAUGAAAGCUUCAAGUCCAUCUGAUCCGAAGAUGCCAUCCUGGAUUCGGGAGAACGUUCACAAUGGUGAAAUGAAGAUGACGGAAAAGCAAGCAAACCAAUCAGGGUUCAGAACACAUGAUGACAGUCCAGUAAAAAAGAGCAGUACACAGGAAAAUACUUUUGGGGUUUCACCUCUUGUUGUGCCAGUCAAUGAUGGGAAUGGAAACGAAGUAAACAAGGCAAUGUCAGAAGUCUGGAGUUCAGCUCCAUCAUGCUUUGAACAAGACCAAGAAGAAUCAAAGGAGGCGAUACCAAGCAACCUUUCUUUUGAUGUCUUACAGCCAGUCAAAGUCCUGGAUAAUUCUGCCCUGAUGAGUCGGGUCUAUCUCAACCGGAAGAGGCUGCACCUCACACGGGAACAAAGCAUUAGCAAUGAAGAGGAGGAGCACUUGGUGUUCAGGGACUCCACAGGGUCGCCACAUGAAGGUUCCACAUCAGAGAUGCAGACAGUGGAGUCGCAGAAUCAGGACUCUGAUGUCUGUUCAUGUCUUGAAACCGUCGCCAAAAAGAGAAAGUUGCGGGACCCCACAGAGGACACCCGUCACGUCCACUUUGCCGAGGUGCUGGUGACAGACAUUCCCUCCCUGCCAUACUAUGAGACACGGGACGUGUCCCUCCCCAAGUGGAUUGUGGCCAUGAAGAAGAAGAGCAGGAGGAGAAAUAACAGAUCACUCCAGGAUGCUUUUCAUGAUUUCUAACGUGGUUAAGAACGCAGCCAUAAGUCAUUAAUUCUGCUGUGCUACUGUAUGCCACGUAAUUUUUCUCUUUGUUGCAAAUUUGAAGUGCAUAUGAGGAGCUGAAAUAACCAAUGAUUGCAUGAUUAGAUGUUUUCGUCUACCACAUACAGGACUGAGUUGAAAUACAGCGCUGCACAAAACUCUCAGGAAGUUUAAAGCUAUUUAUCUGGGUAGUAAAUGUAUAUUUGUUCAGAACAAAAAUAGAAUUUAACAUAAGAGCUUAUGAAAAUGAAGAGUAACACAAUAAAAACUAACAGGAAUUU